CGGGUGUUCACUGAUGGAAAUGUUCACUUGUGCUUGGACGACCCCAAGGCGGAUCGUGCAGUAACUUAAUGGAUACGUGCAAAGGAGAUUUACGAAGUUAAGCGCGCACCUUUUGGAUUAUAUAAAUAGGUUUUAGAUUUAGUUGAUGGGCAUGAAUCGUUUUUGUCCAAACGCUCAGUUUAGGACUUUUAUGAGUAGCAGCUCUUAUAAAUGAAGUGGUCAUGGAAACUACCGGUCUUGGACUAAAUGCAAUUUAUCACUUAUUCCUUAUAUGGCUCUCCAUUUGCCCAUUGUGCUCUCAUGGAAGUUGGGUGUGGUUGGGCUUCACAUCUGUAGGAGUGUUCGAGAAGAUGGAAUGCGCGCAUUUGCCCUUCACGCACAAGCAAAAGGACCUGUGCACGCGCAAACCGCAUCUUCUGCCUAGCGUUAAAGAGGGCGCGCGCCUGGGCAUCACCGAGUGCCAGACUCAAUUCAAGCAAGAGCGCUGGAACUGCUCGACCAGACGGGACCCGUCCGUGUUCGGCUACGAGUUUACCAGUGGGACUAAAGAGACUGCGUUUAUCUACGCUAUAAUGGCGGCAGGACUCGUUCACGCCGUCACUCGCGCGUGCAGUGCGGGAAAUAUGACGGAGUGUUCGUGCGAUACCAGCCUGCCGGGCACCGGGUCGCCCGCGGAGGGAUGGCAGUGGGGUGGCUGCUCGGAUGACAUCGCGUACGGCACCUGGUUCAGCCGUCGGUUCAUCGACAAUUCGGUGAAGAACACCUCAAUCCGCGGGGAAGACGCCCUGCUCUCCAUGAACCAGCACAACAGCGAAGCUGGGAGACAGGCAGUUGCCAAGACGAUGUUGACUGACUGCCGCUGCCACGGCAUGUCUGGUUCUUGUGCCGUGAAGACAUGUUGGCGCACAAUAGCUGCUUUCGAGCGUGUGGGGGCCUACCUGAAGGAGCGGUACGAGACCAGCGUUCAGGUGGUGGACCGUUUCAAACGUAAGGUGAGACGCAAGGACAAAGACCACCGCCACAUGCCUAUCACCAAAGAGGAGCUAAUCUUUCUCAACAAAUCCCCCAAUUACUGCUUAGAGGACCGGCGCUUGGGCGUGACGGGGACCAGGGGCCGCAGGUGUAACAGAACUUCUGCCGGGCCGGAUGGCUGCAACCUGCUGUGCUGCGGGCGGGGCUACAACACACAUGUGGUACGACAUGUAGAGCGCUGCGAGUGCAAGUUCGUUUGGUGCUGUUACGUUCGCUGUCGUCGCUGCGAGACGAUGAACGACAUGCACACCUGCAAGUAGAGUAGUUCGGCUGGGGUGAGAAAGACGGGACCCUGCGGGACCCUAUAAGAGACGACAUCACGCGUGAGGAUGGGAGGGGGAGUAGAAUUGGCGCGGAACUUUUUGCGCAAGCCCUUUAGGGACGAGCAAACAAGUGUGUUGACAAAAUAUCCAUGGCAACGAUGAUCCACGGCGAAUACUGGGGGGAAAUGGCAAAAUCCGCAUGCAUAGCCCUUCCCAUCGGCUUCAAAUGGAAAGCAAGCCAAUUUGUAUAUAAUUACUAUGAAUAUAACUGGAACAUAAAGGGAAGCCAAAUAGUUUGCUUAUAAAGAACUGCAUAGAAAAGUGUAAAUAGAUUUAAAAAAUAUUUUAUAAAAAUGAAGAAUACGACAUUUAGUAAAAAUGUUCAAUGCAUUUGAUAUCAAUUUUCAUAGGCGCUUUUUGUGGAGAGUAAUUAAAUCAACCUUAAUGAAGCAAUGUAUUUAUGCCAACAUAUGUGAUGUUUUGUGUUACAUGUUCUAAGAUUUUUCCCCCUGAAUAAACAAACACACACAAUUCAAAGUUACAUUCCUAAUGUAGUUAAAAUGAUAGUUUACCCUAGAAUCUCAUUUACUCACCCUCUUACUAUUUCAAACCUGUAUGACUUUCUUCUUCUGCAGAAUACAAAAGAAGGUAUUUUAAAGUAGGUAACCGGCACCCAUUCAGUUGGAUUAAUUUGGUGUCCAGACAUUAGAAUUGAAUGGGUGCCAGCACUAUUCGUUUGACAAAUUGCUUCAAAAUAUAUUUAGUAUAUUUAGUCAUACAGGUUUGAAAUGACAGGAGGGUGAGUAAAUAAUGACAGAACUUUCCUUUGGUGAACACUUUUUAAUGAUGUAUUUUACAGUUUUGCUCAUACUGUAGUUUUCAAUGUACAUAUUAAGUUAUGAACAUUGGGCUUCGGCUUCGAACUAAG